UCCAUACAUAGGUUUUUGUUUUCUUCCCCAAACUAGGUUACCCGUCAAUCCUUAAAAUCAGGAAUAGAGUCUAGAAUUCAUUUUAGGGGAGCUAUUUAUCAUUUUUUAGGGGUAAUUAACAAUUUAAUUAUAUAGCUCAUUUACUUUAUCACCAAAAUUUCACUUAUUUUUUUUAAUUUUAAUUUUUCUUCUAAUUUUAUAUUAUAAAUAUAGUAAUCUAUGUAGAUAAAAUACUAUAACAAUAGUAAUAAAUUAAGCAUCUAUAUUUUUGGUCUUACCUAGCUAAACAGAAAACUCGAACCUUCCCCUCUCUCUCUAUAUAUAGAAACUUUUGACAAACAAAUCAUUCACCCCAAACCAAAACUUAAAGAAAUGGUAAAACUUGGCUUCUCCUUAUUAGUGGUUCUUCUCUGUUAUCUUCUACUCUUAAUCAAAGCAGAGUACUCGACCUCCUCCAUCACCAAACAAAGCUCAAACUCCUUAGAUUUCAUCAAAGCCUCAUGCAAGGCCACCACGUACCCUGCACUCUGCGUCCACUCCCUCUCGCCCUUCGCCACCAGAAUCCGUCAAAGCCAGCGCCAGUUGUCCCAAACAGCCUUGGCAGUGAGCCUUUCGAAGGCCAAAUCAGCAGGGGACUUCGUGUCCAAGAUGACCCGAGUCAAAGGCAUAACUCCCAGAGAGCGUGCAGCUGUUAAAGACUGCAUAGAGAACAUGGCUGACACGAUCGACCGGCUCAGCCAGUCGGUCCGGGAACUGGGCCACAUGGGGAGAGCCGUGGGUCAGGACUUUGCGUGGCACGUCAGUAAUGUCCAGACCUGGGUGAGCGCUGCGCUCACUGACGAGAACACUUGUCUUGAUGGGUUCGGGGGGCGUGGCAUGAAUGGGCAUGUUAAGGCUUCCAUUAGGAGAAGCGUUGUGAGUGUUGCUCAAGUCACUAGUAAUGCUCUUGCCUUGGUUAAUCGUUUUGCUUCUGAACACCACCGCUCGCCCACCAAGGCUGCUGAUCUUGUCCAUGACCCUUAAUUAAGACUUGUAUUUUGUACUACUUUUGGGCUUUAUUAUCAUGCGGUUAUUAUAUAUACACAUAAGAUGUUAAAAUCCGAGACUUUAGACUUACAUAUAUGUAAAGAUCAAACAUGUUAUAUGUAUAUAGAUCACUAUCAGAGAGAGAGAGUGAGGUUUUUGUCUCAAGAGGUCCUAUAUAUAUAAUAUGCUUUUUGGCUGUGUAUUAUGUUA